UGGAAUUAGUCUAGUUACAGCCGCGAAACUCAUCGGUUGAAUAUUAUACACGUUUUAUAUACGGAGAGUGGUUUCACCGAUAUAUACAGACAUUUAAAACGAAACGAAAUAUUUAUAUUUCACUUCUAUUUAUUUUAAUAAAAUCAACAAUUUUAAAAUCGGAGUUCUGGUGAUAAAUUAAAAGUCGACAAAAUAAAGAAAUUUUGUGUGUUGAUUGUGCGCGGUCGGGAUAUAUUCAUUUUCUGACAAAUAUAUUUCUUUUCGUAAAAAUUUAUUUUCAUUUAUUUUGGUAAAACAAAUUUUAUGAAUGACUUUUCCAUGUAGCAGUGAACGCAUAUAUUCAUGAUUCGUUUGAUUCAUUUGUGUAGUAUUUUCAAUCAGAUGAAGUGUUAUCAUAUUUGCUAAUUUUAUUGCACGAACCUAUUAAGGUGCGAUUACAGCCGUCCAAGUUUGUAAACAAUAAAUAUAUAUUCUAUGUAACAUAUAUUAUUAUCAGAUUGGGUAAACCGAAGUUAAAAAGAAAGUUUUUGAGUUUCGUCGGAGAACAAUAACCAAACAAGAUAUUAAUUGUUGUUGAGAGGGAAGCAGAAAUUUGUGUUUGUUAUCUUUGAAAAAGAUCGAAAAUGGCUAGGACUGCAUCGUAUGUAACGGUGUUGUGUGUUUUAUUUAUUGCAUAUUUGGCGGGAAUAACACAUGCUUGCAUGUGCCAACCAGAACAUCCACAAACAAAAUACUGCAAAGCAGAUUAUGUGAUUAUUGCACGCGUAUUAAGAAAAUCGGUUCGGAGAGAAAAUCACCAUGACGUGUACAAAAUAUUAAUCAAAAAAUCUUACAAGAUGUCAAAAAAUGCGAAUCAUUCACUCAAAGACGGACGCAUUAUAACAGCAUCAAGUGAAUCAAUGUGUGGUAUGCAGCUAAAUGUUGGCAGUCUUUAUGUAAUUUCUGGCAAAGACAACCGAGUCGAUAUUUGUAAUAAUUAUGUAAAGGAAUAUUCAAAAAUGACAAUUGUUGAGCGGCGAGGCUUUGCCGGUGGCUAUAAGAAAGGAUGCUUGUGUGAGAUCAACAUGGCUCGAUGGUCACCAUAUCAACAUCAACGAUUGGGAACGUGUAAUUGGGAACUGUUUUCGAAAUGUGAAACGAAUUACGGUGCAUGCGUUCCAUCACGAGGUACUAUGACUCCCGAGGGUAAACCAGUUAAGUGCCAUUGGCGACAGAGUCCAUUGUAUACGGAUUGUAUAGAUGCUCUGCUUUAGUGAUGUAUGUUAAUUUGAUUCUUUCUGUUUGUUCAUAAUUUAUUUUUAUUUUUUGGGUUAAUUUUAGUUAUUUACUUAUAUAUAAUUGUCGAUUUGUAAGCGAAAAACAAAAAAAUAUCUACCACAAAACCACCCAACACAAUUUGAGAUACGUUUGAAAUAACUUUUUUAUUCUUUGUUAAAUAAUAUUUAUUUGUAAUUACAAGCGAGAAUAUAACUUUCAAAAAAUUGUACAAUAAAAACGGUGUUUUGC